AAAAGUUUUGGUGAAUUUCAUUACAAACUUUGGGAGGAACAAUGCGUUUUUGCACAAAUAUCCAUCCUUCCAUCGCUCUGCCAGUUCUUGGAAUCCUACUUUUUGGGUAUGUUGCUUUUUCUGUGUUUUAUUAAGUCAAACUAGUGAUAUCUGAUCUUUGGAGAAACUUCAUCAUAAUCUUAGAACAACAUCAGAAUACAAGUGUUCUCAUUCUGAAUACAUCAGAAUACAAUGUAUAAGUGUUCUCAUUCUGAUGGUUUCCAUGAUUAUGAUAUUAUCAUUCAUUAUGUCAAUCUAUGAAUUUUGUGAUGUCCAUUUUUGAUGUUCAUGAUAUUUAAUUAUGAUAUACUUCUAUUAUUAUCUCUGCUCACAUUGUUGAAUUGCCUCCACUUGUUGUGUAUGUACUCUAAUUACGCACCAUUUUUCUUCUGUAUGUGUGUCACCACUUCUGUUUGCACAGAGCUGAUAAUGGCAUUUAACCAAAACGUAUGCUUCUCUGUAUACCACUUUUUUUACAUAUACAUUUUUGGACAUUGUCGAUAUCAUAGGUGUUGUACAUGGUGUUAAUCAAUCCUCUUUCUAUCUCUUAAUUAGAGUCCUGGUUUUAACAUAUUGUUACUCAUCAUUUGGGUAAGACCGGAACUUGUUUCGUGUUCAUUGUUUUGUAACUUUGUCAAUGAUAUAAUCCAAUCUUGAUAGAAAUCCCAUCCUGUAUAUAAUCCCAUCAGAAAGACACUAUGCCAUCAUCUAUUUUAUAGGUGAUUGCUGAAUUUGGCCUUCUAAAAAGCCACAUGGGCUCAUGACAAUGAGAGUCAAGACUAGGGAUUAAGAUCUCAUUUGAGACUACAUUUUCUGAUAGAGUACCAUUGUAAAUAUGGAAAUAAUUACAUUUUGCACUGCUUUUCUAUUUGAUUUGACAUACUAGUUAAGUCACCUAAAAUGUUCCCUUUUAUCUUUAACAGUGAGAUGAAAAAUAAGGACGUCAGAGUUCUAGAAGUUUUGGGGUAAGAUAACUUGUGUUACUGACAUAAUAAACAAACGACUGAUUUUUUAAUACUUAUUUUUGUGAACCCCUAACCCUCCACAACCUCUCUUGAUGCUAUCAUUCAGAAUUAACACAGUAUUAACUUUGAACCCCCUCUGAAGGUUGUGUCAGCAGGACCCUGUUAAUUUCAGGCGGGAAAACUGUAGUUGUAGGACCCGGGACAUGCUGGCCCCACAGGGGUGAGACUCUUCUUUGGUCUACUCUAAUAUAAUAAUCUCACCCUCUUGGCAAAACUCACCAACUGCAGCCAUUUUGAAAGCAGUACGCUAUUUUACAAUAUCAUCUUUUGCAUGGUCUUUUCAGACUCCUGUAUAAGCAGCCCAGUGUGUUAAAGGGGUAAGUUAUUAAUCAUAUAUUAUUGUUAGUAGUAGACAUAGUAUCAAUAGGAGAAGGUGCAUUGGGAAAUACAGGAAAUGGAGUCACUAUGAAAGAGUUGCUUAUGAUGCACUGAAUAUCUCUGGGUGUUCACAAGCUUUGACCAUGUCUUUUGUUUUUUUCAGGCGCACCAAUGUGGUAGCUGUUACCCCUUGGUUGGCACCUAUUGUCUGGGAAGGCACUUUUAAUCCCUUGGUUGUUGACAGCAUUUACAAGCCUAUGCACCUCAGCAUCGCCACAACCGUAUUUGCUGUUGGCAAGUAAGUAGUCUCACACAGGAUGUCUGGUAGCACUGAGCCUCAAAUGUAGAGUAGCAUUCGUAGUCCAUCACCAAACAUUUCUGUAAAAAACAACAAUGAUAAAGCCUUGCAUUCCUAUUUUCUUUCCUGUUGUGUUCCCAUUUUAAACCAUUUCAUGUGUCUGAAGGUAGAACUCCGUAUACCCGACAGGCCCAGAGAGCAAAUCAAGUGCACGUAUAGGUCUACCGCUGGCCAAUCAGAUAGCUCAGAUCACCGUGUCUGCACGGUUUCCUCGAGCCAUAGGGUGUAUAAAGAAGCCUCGAGCUCACAGCAAAGAUGAUACUGUGACAUUUCUAAACUUGUAAAGCUAUGACUAGAGAGAGACUCAAGGGCACAUCAACAAAUGUUCCACCUAGUCUGCUCAGGGAUUUGAACCAGCAACUUUUCAACUACUGGCCCAAUGCUCUUAACCACUAGGCUACCAUGAGUAACAACAUUAAUUGGUGCAUGAGGCAGAAAUAAUGCAGUGCAACUUGAGUUUUGCCAUAAGCUGGAAGAAUGUCCCCUUUUCUCAGCGUAGAGAGGGAGAGCGGAGGGACGGUGAGUCGGGUGAGAGGCAGCCUCACCGCUGCUCUCUCCCUCCCUCCCCUCAGACUGGCCCCAUCAGAUGCAGACCAUCAGUCCAGUAAAAUAAAAUAAAAAGCAAAUUAUUAUGCUCACUCAGCUGUGCCUCACAAGUAAUACAACAAAUGGUCAGUGUGAUCAUAUACCUAAAACUUUGAAACAUAAUUUCAAAAUGUUCUGAGAAGAACAACAAAGGAAUGGGAAUUCAAGCAUAGCCAAUAUGCAGUGAUGUAUUGGGCCUAUAGCCUAUUGCACAAACCUCAUUGCUACAGAACUGUUUUUAAUAGGUUAAUGUUGCAGAGGCAUAGCCGUGGGAAGUAGGGGUGUUGAGGGUGCUGCAGCACCCCCUGAUAAAUUGAAAAACAUCUUCCCGUGGCCAUGUGCAUAGGCUUCUGUCUUUUAAGUCAUGUUAAAAACAAACCUAAGCGGUAGAUCUCGGCUUGAUGCAGUCAAGACAGGUACUAUGUAAUUUUAUUGGAUAAUUUUAAACCUACUAUAGCGCGAGUCAGCUUGGUUGGUUGCUGUCUCUCAUCUCUCCCUCCCUCCUCCAUGUUCCCCGUGUCACUCACUCACACUCACAGUAGCCUACACAUAGAGCAUGGCCCCUGCUAGAUUGUCACCUCUCUUUACCUUUCUCUACCUCUUGGGUACAUGAAAACAAAUGUCACAUGGACAUGUGCAAGAGUGGCCGGUACAAAUAGGUUCAAACUUAGUUCGCACUUGCUCUGGUUACCGGAGAAGAAAAUAAAAAAAUACAAAAUACAACCCACAUAUCUUUUGUUGUUAAAUAUUCCACACUGAAAGUUCCACGCUUUUGAUUGCCAACCUUUGAGUGCCUUAGUCUCCACUACACCCUUUUUCCCAAACUAGUGAGUCUCAGCAGGCCUAACUCAAAGUUUGAAAAUAUCUUGAUUUAGAUUAUACAUUAUGUCAUAAUGACAGAAAAUGGAGUUAUCCUCUUGCCAUAUGAGACGGGCACCUGAAACCUACUUGGUUCUCCUUGUAUUUUAGGUAUGUGCGCUUCCUGCGUGACUUCCUGGAGACUGCCGAGAAGCAUUUCAUGGUGGAUUUCAAAGUGCAUUACUACAUCUUCACUGACCGGAGGGAAGACGUGCCAGCGGUGGUCCUCGCUCCCGGUAGACAGGUAACCAUCAUCCCAGUCACUGGCUCCAACCGCUGGCAGGAGAUCUCCUCCAGGAGGAUGGAGAUGAUCCAGACCACCAUCGAGAACCAGAUAAGCAAGGAGGUGGACUACAUCUUCUGCUUGGAUGUGGACACAAAGUUCUACGGCCGGUGGGGGGCAGAAACACUGAGCAGGCUGGUGGCCGCACUUCACCCGGGUUACUAUGAGCAGACCCACGAGCACUACCCUUACGAGCGCCGUCCUGCCUCGCGGGCCUACAUCCCCGCGGGGGAAGGAGACUACUACUAUGGAGGCGCCACCAUCGCUGGCUAUGUGGGGGACGUGCACAAGCUGGCAAAGUACUGCCGUGAGCAGCUGGAGGCCGAUGCCGCCAACUCCAUCGAGGCAGCAUGGCAGGAGGAAAGCCACCUGAACAGAUAUCUCCUUUACAACAAGCCCACUAAGAUUCUGUCUCCAGAAUACCUGUGGCAGGACUUCAAGGCCAAGACCAACGAGGUGCAAAUAAUCCGCUUUUCUCAGGUCAACAAGAACUACGCAGAGGUUCGGCCCAAUGUAAAGAAAAGAAAG